CUUUACUAACACACUAACAUUAGCAGCAAGUAAAGGUCGAGAGGAGUCUCCAGCCCUGACACCUGAACACGAUCUCAGCCAUGCAGAGCACACGCGUGUCAGAAACGUGCUGCUGACAUGCUGUGACCAUGAGAGGACUACACCGGACUGUACUUAUAUUCUCUAGCGGGUUCCACCAGUUGUCCCAGCCUGGUAAAGUGAGUUUGUUUGCAGCAGCGGCGCAGCUGAGGCGGUGCUAGUUCAGGUGUUUACCUGCUACCAUGAGCUCCGCCCCUGACCACGGUGCCGGCGGCGGGGCCGGGGCGGCUCUGCCCGCUCCGCCCGGGCUGGCGGGACCCAAGGCUGGGGUUUUCCAGCGGCUCUUCAGCCAUGUGAAGGUAGAGACCCUGGCAGCGGGGCUGAGUGGGGGGGUGGUGUCCACGCUGGUGCUGCACCCGCUGGACCUCGUCAAGAUCAGGUUUGCAGUGAGUGAUGGCCUGGACCUGAGGCCGAGGUACAGUGGUAUGGGUCACUGUAUGAAGACUAUCUGGCAGCAGGAGGGCCUGAGGGGCCUUUACCAAGGAGUUACCCCCAACAUCUGGGGGGCCGGGGCAUCCUGGGGCCUCUACUUCUUCUUCUACACAGCAAUCAAAGGCUACACAAAAGAAGGUCGUGAGACUGAACUGAGCGCUGCAGAGCACCUGGUGUCAGCGGCUGAAGCAGGCAUUUUAACGCUCACCAUUACCAAUCCAAUCUGGGUCACGAAGACCCGGCUGGUUCUGCAGUACGGUACUGACCACAGCAGUAAGCAGUACCAGGGCAUGGUAGACGCUUUGGUCAAGAUCUACCGCAACGAGGGAGUGCCAGGACUGUACAAGGGUUACGUUCCUGGUCUGUUCGGUACGUCUCACGGAGCGCUGCAGUUUAUGGCCUAUGAAGAGCUCAAGAGAGACUACAACAAAUACAAGAAAGUGUCCUCGGAUGCGAAGUUGAACCCAUUGGAGUAUAUUGCAAUGGCAGCAGCAUCUAAAUUAUUUGCUGUGGCCACAACAUACCCAUAUCAGGUGGUGCGGGCCCGCCUGCAAGACCAGCACAAUAGAUACAAUGGAGUUAUUGAUGUCGUCAGACGGACGUGGAGGAACGAAGGCGCCAUUGGUUUCUACAAAGGCAUCAUCCCCAACCUGAUCCGCGUCACCCCGGCCUGCUGCAUCACUUUUGUGGUUUACGAGAACGUGUCCCGCUUCCUCCUGGGGUCGUAAUAAAUGUGGCUUAUAAAGCAUGAAGCGGACGGCGGCGAAGCGCUCCGGGCUGACGCUGACACAUUGGUGCCAUGUGGACACGUGGAGGAGACUGUCAGACUGAGGUCGGACUCUCGGUU